GGACAGCACUUUGCACAGUAAAAAAAAAAAGGUGGACAAUCAAGUGGACAACCUCGUGAGGACACCAUUAUUGUUUUAGGUGAAUCAGCAGUUUCUUACACAUGGAUAGUACAUGGACAAAGAAAGCACCACCUUUCCACUAUAUGCUCCGCGCCUCUGGCCAGAGUGAGGUUUGGCAUGACUCAUUUAAAGAUGCCAAGCUACGUCAAUUUGGAUGGCGUUGCUCCACCAAUGAAAACGCCUAUACCACUGCCACCUUGAUUGGCAAUUGGUCUGAGAAACGGUUUGACAUGCGUUACUCUACAAAAGCACGCCGGCCUCUGCCCUCUCAGUUUUCGGACUACUUUGAAACAAGUUAUAGCUCAACCUACAAUAAAGAGGAGAAAAGACCCACUGAGAUCCCUCGUGUGAAGGAGCCUAGAAGCUUUCCUGGACAUCAGCCUGAGUUGGAUCCUCCGCACACUAAGUGUGUAGCAAACUCCAGCUACAGACAGGACUUCACAGUCCAUGGACGAGAGAACAGAAAGAGUGGUGAAACCUCACAAUUCCCACAGGACUCCACCGCCUCCCAGCACCAGUAGGAUAGCCCCCCUGGCCUUAAAUACAGCAAACGCAAUCGUUUUUAUUUGGGUUGUUUUAUUUCCUUUGUCUUUCCUUGAAUAUGGAACCUGCUGAAGUGCAACAUUUUGGAUGGUCAGAAUGAAAGCGAGUCUAUAUAAGACUUUUAAACCAACUCCCCACACC